AUGGAGCUCUUAGGGCCUUCUAAUCGAUAUGAUUUUGUUGUUGCCAAAAAAUGGAAGCUUAUCAGAAAGAUUGGCGCUGGUUCCUUUGGUGACAUAUAUCUCGGUUUAAAUCUGACAAAUGGUGAAGAGGUUGCAGUUAAAUUGGAACCCAUGAACGCAAGACAUCCUCAACUUGUAUAUGAGAGUAGAAUAUAUCGUUUACUUCAGAACACAUUCGCCGUUCCUCGAAUUCAUUGGUUCGGCGCUGACGGUAUGAAAAAUGACUAUCGGGCUCUGGUUAUGGACUUACUGGGCCCCAGUUUAGAGGAUCUUUUUAACUAUGUCGGGCGUCGGUUCACUAUGAAGACUGUUCUCAUGUUGGCUGAACAGAUGCUCUGGCGAGUAGAAUAUGUUCAUUCUCGAAACCUUAUCCAUCGUGAUAUCAAGCCGGAUAACUUCCUAAUGGGAAUUGGUCAACGUUGUAAUCGCCUUUUUCUAGUCGAUUUUGGCCUUGCCAAAAAAUACAGGGAUACUCGUACCAAAGUCCAUAUACCCUUCCGCGAUGAUAAAAACUUGACUGGUACAGCUCGUUACGCUAGCAUUAAUGCUCAUGCGGGCCAUGAACAAUCAAGACGUGAUGAUAUCGAAUCCUUGGGAUAUGUAUUUAUGUACUUUUUGAGAGGUCAACUGCCUUGGCAAGGCCUAAGGGCUGCAACCAAGAAGCAGAAAUACGAAAGGAUCUACGAAAAGAAACUUGCCACAACACCAGAACAGCUAUGUCGAGGCUACGCAUUGGAAUUCGAGACGUAUCUCCAAUAUGCAAGAGAGUUGGUCUUCGAAGCUCCACCUGAUUAUCUCUUUCUACGUCGUCUCUUCCGUAAACUCUUCAAAACCUACGACUUUGCAUGGGACUCCGUCUACGACUGGACUCUCAUGAAACAGAAACCCGCUGCCCUUCCAUCUUCCAGCCAUCAGAACGCCAACGCUGCCGGUGGAACAGCUUGUAAUAAUACGAAUGUUGGAGGCAAUCAGCAACAAAUGGGCAUGCUUCCACAAGCUGGAGUUGGGGAUGCCAAUUACCGUCGCCAAUAUGUAGAAGACACCUUUAACAAUUCAGCCGGAGUAGAUUACUCUCAGCAGGCUGCUGGUCAAAGCAGCGGACCUGGUGGAGCCGUUUAUAAGGAUCCUAAUGCCAGGUUUUGA